CUACCAUUUUGCGAACACAGUUUUCUAGCACGAGCGUUUUCGACAUUGCAGGAACUGGCUUUGCCGAAGAAAGAAGACCUACUUUGGACCCAGAAUCGUCAGUCUAUAUCAUCAGCUAGGUCAUAUCCUGCGUCGGUCGGUCUAUAUGGUCUACACACUCAGGUUAUGACCCCAUCUGAACGUCUCGACCCGUCGGCUACUAUGUCCAUGACUCGAACACCUUUUACACGCUUGUUACAAUCUGACGGCAAAAAGGACCAGUGAUGCUUGAUGAACGAAUCAGCCAGUGGCUGACUGAGAUCCGCGUAUUAGAUGGAGGCUUCGGUAGCGAGUGCCAGAAGCGUUCCAAACUGUUGAUUGACGGUCACAAAGCGUGGAGUUCCCGGCUGAUCAAAGAGGACCCUAACCUCGUCUGCGAUAUACACAAGAGCUUUCUGCGGGCCGGUUGUGAUGUGAUCACAACAAACACCUACCAAGCGGCCCCGCGAACCCUAGCAGAGGCUAUGGAUGUGAGUACGGCCGAAGCCAAGGAGCUGAUGCAUCACGCCGUUCGACUGGCACGCCGCGCAAUUGCAGCAGUGAACGAGGAGGAUGUAGCAGCUGUGUCCACAGUGGGAGAACCGACAGUAACGCGUCGACUCCCUGUUCUGGUCGCCGGUUCUCUAGGGUCCUACGGUGCUUGCAUGGCUGACGGGUCCGAGUAUACCGGCAGUUAUGUGGAGAAAAUGUCCAUGAUGGAGUUGGUCGACUUUCACUUGACUCGAGCUGAAACGCUUCUGCGUGCCGGUGUGGAUCUGCUGGCUUGGGAGACGAUCCCCGCGGUAACCGAAGUGUCGGCCAUCUGCGAAGUUAUGAGGCAGUUACCUGGCGCUGUAGGCUGGCUUUCUGUUGCCUCCACAGACGGGCAAACCACUGUGUCGGGCGAUCCGUUGUACCAAGUUGCUGCAGAAGUUCAAAAAUGUGACCAGAUAUUCGCCGUGGGGGUGAAUUGCAACAUUGAAUUUGAAUGCAUCGGUCAGGCGUUGGCGAACCUCAACAUUGGACCGGAAUGCUGCAGCCCGGGAACCGAUGAUGGCUACCACCCACCACCAAACUGUGGCGCGAACGCAUCGGACGCAGUCGAAACAAAACAGAACAAAAAAAUACUCAUUCUAUAUCCAAAUAGUGGUGAAUUGUGGAUACCUCUCCCGGCGCGUUCAAAGAAAGGAUUAAGUCGCUGGGUGUGGCCCAAAGGUCGGGGUCCGAGCACAUGGAUCAAGGAGAUAACCAAGUGGGCCAUGCGCCGGGGAGAGGCCCUAGAAACAUCCCCCUGUGCCCCAUACCCUCGGGCGCAGUGGGUUGGGGGUUGCUGUCGUGUGAGUCCGGAGCAAGUGAAGCAACUUGCCGAGUGGAUGAAACCGGAUGAAUUUGUGCACUUUGGCAUGAACGACGCUGAACACGCGGAAACUCAGAUCGAUGAACCGCGGCAGCAGAAUAAUGGCAUGAAAAGAGGAAUUUCAAAGGAUCGACAGAGAAGACAAAAUUCCCAUCGAAGUGCCAAAAAACUGAGGCACUAAUCGUAGCAUGAUGACAGAACUAUGUAGGGGUUAAUGAAAUAUUUAUUUGAAAGCAAAAAUAUCGAACACUAUACAUACAGAUGUUAAGAAAGACAGCGUAUGUCUAUAGUUUUAUACACCCCCUCAGCAAGCACC